CCGGGUGGAGGGGCAAGGCGAGUGUCCUUAUCCAAGCGAUUGGGGCUCGGGCCUGUGUGCCAGUUGGAGUCGCGGCGGCGGGAACGAUUGGGCCGAGCGGAGGAAGACAUGUUGCUCUUCGUGGAGCAUUUAUGGGGUUAAGUGGCAUGGGAUUUCUGUUUCUGAUAGUAAAUCGCAGGUAACAUCUAAAGGAACUGCUUUAAAUCCUAAUGCCAAAGUAUGGCAAGAAAUUCCUCCUGGAACCCCUGAUGCCACUCCUGUAACUCAUGGAACUGAAAGCUCUUGGCAUGAAACAGCAGCCACAUCAGGGUCUCAUCCUGAAGGAAAUGCUGAGCUUUCAGAAGAUAUGUGUAAGGAAUAUGAAGUAAUGUAUUCUCCAUCUUGUGAAACCACAAGAAACACUACAGGCAUUGAAGAAUCAACUGAUGGAAUGAUAUUAGGGCCUGAAGAGCUGAGUUACCAAAUAUAUGAUGUUUCUGGAGAAAGCAGUUCAGCAAUUUCUACAGAAGACCUAAAAGAAUGUCUAAAGAAACAAUUAGAAUUCUGUUUUUCACGAGAAAACUUGUCAAAGGAUCUUUAUUUGAUAUCUCAGAUGGAUAGUGAUCAGUUCGUCCCAAUUUGGACAAUUGCCAACAUGGAAGAAAUAAAAAAGCUAACCACAGAUCCUGAUCUAAUUCUUGAAGUGUUGAGAUCUUCUCCUAUGGUACAAGUUGAUGAGAAAGGUGAGAAGGUGAGACCAAGUCAUAAGCGUUGUAUUGUGAUUCUCAGAGAGAUUCCUGAAACAACACCAGUAGAGGAAGUGAAAGCUUUGUUUAAAAGUGAAAACUGCCCCAAAGUGAUAAGCUGUGAGUUUGCACACAAUAGCAACUGGUAUAUCACUUUUCAGUCAGACACAGAUGCACAACAGGCUUUUAAAUACUUAAGAGAAGAAGUUAAAACAUUUCAGGGCAAGCCAGUCAUGGCAAGGAUAAAAGCCAUCAACACUUUUUUUGCUAAGAAUGGUUAUCGAUUAAUGGAUUCUAGUAUGUAUAGUCAGCCCAUUCAAACUCAAGCACAGUAUGCCUCACCAGUCUUUAUGCAGCCUGUAUAUAAUCCUCACCAACAGUACUCAGUCUAUAGUAUUGUGCCUCAGUCUUGGUCUCCAAGUCCUGCACCCUACUUUGAAACGCCACUGGCUCCCUUUCCCAAUGGUAGUUUUGUGAAUGGCUUUAAUUCACCAGGAUCUUAUAAAACAAAUGCUGCUGCUAUGAAUAUUGGUCGACCAUUCCAAAAAAAUCGUGUGAAGCCUCAUUUUAGGUCAUCCAGUGGUUCAGAACAUUCAACAGAGGGUUCUGUGUCACUGGGGGAUGGACCAUUGAACAGAUCUAGUUCAAGGAACUUUCCACCCGAACGGCCUAACCCUACUGUAACAGGGCAUCAGGAGCAAACUCAACUUCCCAAGGAGACUCCUGUUUUACAAGUGGAACAGAAUGGGGACUAUGGUAGGGGCAGGAGAACUGUUUUCAGAGGUCGAAGACGGCGAGAAGAUGACAGAGUCCCAAAACCCCAUCCUUCAACAGCUGAAACAAAGGCUCCAACACCAAAGUUUGACUUACUAGCUUCAAACUUUCCUCCACUACCUGGCAGUUCAUCAAGAAUGCCAGGUGAACUGAUUUUGGAGAACAGAAUGUCUGAUGUUGUUAAAGGUGUCUACAAAGAAAAGGAUAAUGAAGACUUGAGAGUUAGUUGCCCAGUGCCUGCAGAGGAUGAGCAAACAGACUGCACUUCUGCCCAGCAACUCAAUAUGAGUACCAGCCCUCCAUGUACAGCUGAGCUUCCUGCAUUAAGCACAACUCAGCAAGAAAAGGAUCUGAUAGAGGAAUCCACUGUUCAGAAGGACAUUCUCAAUCACAUGACUAUACCAGUUUCUUCCUCAAGCACUGCAAAGACAUCACGGGCAAAUACUGCUUCACCAAGUAAUAGUAACAUAAAUGCAUCUGGAGCUGUGACCCUACAGGAACCUCGAAAGUUAAGUUAUGCUGAAGUGUGCCAGAAGCCCCCUAAAGAGCCAGUUCCAGUUCUUGUGCAGCCACUACGAGAACUUCGCUCCAAUGUUGUGUCUCCCACCAAAAAUGAAGAGACUGGAGUUCCUGAGAAGUCCAUUGAAAAAUCACAUGAGAAGCCAGAAGCAAGGGCUAGUAAGGAUUAUUCUGGCUUCCGAGGCAAUCCCAUUCCCAGGGGAGCAGCUGGAAAAAUCAGGGAACAGAGACGCCAGUUUAGCCAUAGGGCUAUACCUCAGGGAGUGACUCGACGUAAUGGCAAAGAGCAAUAUGUGCCACCCAGAUCACCAAAGUAAAAUCAAAAAAACAAAACUAUUCAAAAACUUUCUCUCUUCCCAUUAAACUUGAGCCGUGGCUAUAUUGAACUGUUUUGGAGGGGAGUGGGUAGCCAGGAAGGAAACAAAGUAUGUCCUUAAAUCAUUAUGGAUUUUGGAGUUGUGAGGAGUAGAAUCCCAAAAUUCAUCUCUAAAGUGAUUUUAAAAUGCUGGAGGAUUCCAAUCAGUAUAAAUACAU